CAAUUUUUCAGGUUAGAUGCUGUAUGAAUAACAAGUAUCAAGAGGGGUAGGCCUAGCUCAGGAUCGUAGGUUUGGCGCUUAGGGUUUUCCUUCAUCAGCUGCAAAGACAAACUUAAAACCCCUUCUUUAGUGUUUGAUUUCUUAUUGAUGCAAAACCGAACAUUCGAGUUCAGACACUUAAUGCAAUUCCUCAAGUUACACCCUCCUCUUUUAUGUCCUUUAAAUAAUUUGUUUUCUUACUCUUGUUUGAAUCACUUGUUUCUUUCGCCAUUUUCUACUAGCUCUUUAUCAACCCAACGCCGAAGAUCAAAGGUGGACACUCUCUUAAUUGAUUACCUAAAUGCCAAGUUCAAAUUCUCAAGAAAUCAAUCCAUUUUUAUUUCAAAACAUGUUUCAGGACACAGUUUCCCUCAAAAGCCCUUGUCUGUGCUCAGUUUUUUCGAACAAAUUGGGUUUUCUGAAACUCAGAUUCUGUCUAUGAUUCGUCAGAAACCCCAGAUACUGUUUUCAGAUGUUGAUAAAACCUUGAGACCCAAAAUUAAGCACCUUCAACUUUUGGGUUUCGAGGCUUCUGACUUAUGCAACUUCAUUUCCAACAAUUCAACCCUUUUGACUUCUAGUCUGAAGAAAUCACUGGUCCCAUCUGUGGAAGCUAUUAGGAAAAUUGUGUGCAACGAGAACGAUUUUAUUCAUGUUUUGCACAGAUGUGGAUGGAUACUCCCAAAGUACCAAAAGUUUAUGGACAAUGUUAUCUUCUUGCAGAGUUGUGGCAUUGUUGGGUCUCAGCUUUCAAUGCUUCUCAAACAGCAGUCAAGGCUUUUCGUUGCACCACAAUCUACUAUUAGAAAGCAUGUUUCACGUGCUGUGGACAUGGGUUUUGAUGAAAAUUCAAGAAUGUUAGUACAUGCAAUUCAUACAAUAUCUGGUUUGAGCUAUAAAACCUUUGGGAGAAAGCUAGAGCUAAUUAACUGUUUUGGGUUUUCUAAGGAUGAGAGCUUGCAAAUGUUCAAAAGAUCUCCAAGUUUGCUUAGAACAUCAGAGAAGAAAUUAAAGGUUGGAUUGGAAUUCUUCUUGCAUACAGUUAUGUUGCCAAAGUUGGUGUUGGUUCGUAGGCCUAUGAUUUUAAUGUAUAGCAUGGAGGAUCGGAUUCUUCCUCGAUAUAGAGUCUGGCAGCUCAUAAUAUCAAGAAAACUGUGUAAGAAGGUCCCUAGUUAUAUUAAUGUGUUAUAUUUGUCUGAAGAGGAGUUCUUGUACAAGUAUAUAACAAGGUUCAGAGAAAAUGCAGUGGAAUUAUUAGUAGCUUACAAGGGUCAUCAUUUAGAAACAUAGUCAUCUCUUAAAAUUUUGCUUUUCAUUAGUCUCUUCAGGAAGCCUUAGGCAAUUUGGGAAUCACAACCUUGUUGGUGCUUAUGGUUUGUACCUCCUUCAGUUCUCUCCUCGCCCUUUGAAUUGCGAUGAGAUAUGGAUUUUGAUGGUAACAGUUUCUUCCUCCCUAGCUUUUUUCUGUUUCUCCGUUUUAAAUAACUGUACCUGUUUUAUUAAAAGCAACACUUAUAUGCAUUGUAGACUGUUUUUACAUAUAUUGUCAUUUUCAAAUUUCCCUUUUCCAUGAAUACCAAACCAUAAAUAUUUAUAAGCAUUAAUCAAAAUGUUAUUAUCUGCUGAAGCUGCUUACUGAUGAUCUCUGAAAAUUUAGUUUUUGAUAGAACAACAUUGUGUGGUCCAUGUAAGUAAUUCCAUUUAAUGGGAUAGAACUUCUGUUGUUUUUUUAAGUUAGCGUUGAUCCUUUUAGCCCGAACCUAUAUUUCAAUUCAACAUUUUUUAACAUUGAAGGGUUCAAAUCUUAUUGCUGUCACGGGGUAAAAAACAAUUUCAUUGUGACCUUUGUGUGGCGUGUAAAGAUCACAAAUCUCUACGCAGAUUUUUUAAUAAAAUUCGAUUAAUGAUUAUGAAACUGAAUUAAAACUAACAUGAAUAAAUAAUAUGCAACACAUAUAAAAGAGAAUGGCUUCUGUAAAAUUUCAACUUGAGCUCGUAAAUACAUAAAGAAAUCGCUUAGGCAAAA